AUGAUUGGAAAAAUAUCAAAAGGCAGCGUAUCCAAAUCAAGAAUCGUGACCACUGUUAAUACAACAGCCUCAUUGACUCCCGCAGAAUCAAAAUGGAAAAUGACUCAAAACUAUGUGGUCAUUUGGGUCGAUAACAAUAUUGAUCUGGAAAAGCAAGAUUAUAAAAGUACAAUGAUGCAACUACACAGCGUAGCAGAUCGCCUGUACACUUUCACAGAACUUGAUGAAUGUGUUGAUUUCCUCACUGAAAUCCAUGGUCAAAAGGUCCUCCCUGUUGUACCGGAUAGUAUAGACCAGAAAACAGUUCCCCUCACCCAUGAUAUUCCACAUGUGGAUAGCGUUUACAUCCUAUGUGGUGGUAAAGCUCUUGACAAAGAUUGGCGCAACGAAUGUGACAAAGUCAAGAGCGUAUAUACGGAAAUCAUGUCUAUUUGUGAAGCACUAAAAGCGGUCAAUAAGCAAUCCGAUCAAAAUAACAUCUCCAUGAGUUUUGUUAAUGUAAAUCAAGAUCCUUCCAGUCAAACUCUCGAUCAACUGGAACCUUCAUUUAUGUACACACAAUUAUUCAAGGAUAUUCUCUUUGAAAUCGACCAUGGGGAACAAGCAUUCCAGGAUUUUAUUCAAAUUUGGCGUAACAAAAAUAUCGGCAAAAUAAAUGAACUGAAUAAAAUUGCUGAAUUCGAACGUGAUUAUCGUCCACAAUCUUCAAUUUGGUGGUAUACUCGUGACUCUUUCAUUUAUAAUACGCUCAAUAGGUCUCUUCGCACACUCGAAGUUGAAGGGAUCAUGAAAAUGGGCUUUUUUGUUCGUGAUCUUCAUUGCCAAAUCACAGAACUAAAGAAAAAACAGGCCAAUCUUCAUCUUAGCAAGUCCUUUCAAGUUUUCCGAGGACAAGGAUUAUCCACAGUCGACUUCAACAAACUGCAGAAUAAUAUAGGUGGACUUUUUUCCUUCAACAGUUUUCUGUCCACAAACACCGAUCGCCCUGUUGCGCUCAUUUUUGCCGAGAGUAACUCAGUAACAUCAGGAAUGGUGGGUAUUCUUUUUCAAAUGACUAUUGAUCCCAGGGUUUCAUCGACUCCUUUUGCAAAUGUUCAAGCAAUGAGCAGCUUCUCAGAAGAAGAUGAAAUCCUCUUCUCUAUGCACACCAUUUUCAGAAUUGAUAAAGUGCAAAAAAUUAAAGAGAAUUCUGAAAUUUAUCAAGUAGAUCUUACGCUUACGUCAGAUGAUGAUAAACAAUUACGUGAACUAACAGAAUUUAUACGAAAAGAAGCUGAAGGUUCGACGGGUUGGCCACGAUUAGGUAACUUACUUCUGGCAAUAGGUCAUUUCCAUAAAGCAGAAGAAUUGUAUACCACACUACUCCAAAAGCUAUCCGAUGACUGUACUAGAGCUAAUAUCUAUAAUAAUCUUGGUUUAGUAAAAGAUAAACUAGGGGAGAGCAAACAAGCAGUCGCAUAUUUUGAAAAAUCUCUCGAAAUUUAUCGAAAAACUCUGACAGAAGAUCAUCUUUUAUUGGCUACUUCCUACACCAACCUUGGCGGAGCUUAUUAUCAUAUGGGUGACUACCCGAAAGCACUUGAGUUUUACGACAAAUCAUUCAAAAUAAAAGAGAAAACUCUACCACCGAGUCAUCUCGAUUUGGCUGCUUCCUACAACAACAUCGGUCUAGUGUAUGACAAGAUGAGUGAUUACUCGAAAGCGCUUCAAUUUUAUGAAAAAGCGGAUGAAAUCAAUCAACAAACACUUCCAUCGAAUCAUCCUAAUUUAGCGGCUGGUUACAACAACAUCGCUGAAGUCUACAGGAGCAUAGGUGAUUAUAGGAAAUCACUUGAAUUUUGCAACAAAGCGCUUAAAACAAAAGAAUUAGCUCUGGCUCCGAAUCAUCCUGAUUUGGCUACCUCCUACAACAAUCUUGGCAUGGUGUACCACAACAUGAAUGAUAACUCGAAAGCACUUGAGUUUUAUGAAAAAGCACUUGAAAUAAAUGAAAAACGUCUGCCUCAAAAUCAUCCCGAUUUGGCUACUUCCUACAACAAUGUUGGUGCUGUGUACAACAGCAUGGGUGACUACUCAAAGGCACGUGAAUUUAACGAAAAAGCACUUAAAAUUAGAGAGGAGGUUCUGGUUCCGAAUCAUCUUGACUUGGCUGCUUCCUACAGCAGUAUUGGUUUGAUGUACGAUAAUAUGGGUGACUAUUCAAAAGCACUUGAAUAUUACGACAAAACUCUUCAAAUCAAGGAGAAAAUAUUGCCUUCAAAGCAUCCAUCAUUGGCUACCUCCUACAACAAUAUCGGUGCGUUGUACGAAAAGAUAGGCGAUUACUCGAAAGCACUUGACUUUGGUGAAAAAGCACUUAAAAUAAGUGAAAAACAUCUGCCUUCAAAUCACCCUAAAUUGGCCACUUCCUACAACAAUAUUGGCUUAGCCUAUGACGGUAUGGGUAACUACUUGAAAGCAAUUGAAUUUUACGAAAGAGCACUCGAAAUAGACGAAAAGACUCUGCCUUCCAAUCAUCCUGAUUUGGCUACUUCCUAUAACACCAUCGGUCAAGUGUAUAACAACAUGGGUGACUAUUCGAAAGCAUUUGUAUUUGUAGAAAAAGCUCUUUCUAUAUUCCAGAAAUCACUUCCACCAACACACCCAUUGAUUAAACAAACAAUAGAUAAUAUAGAAUGUCUGAAAAUGAUGAACACUUGUACGAAGCAAUAG